AUGAUACGUACUUCGUUAUCCAGAGUGGGCGGUGAGGUACAAGACAUAACAAGUGAGAUACAUUCUGAGAUAUCAAGGUCAGAAUCAAGUAAUGAUGAUAACAACUUUAUCAUAAAACAUUUACAUGCUUUACAUAUUACCUCCAAAGUUAGUCAGCGAAAAAUGACAAGAGGUGUCUUAAGUUACCAUGAAGCUAUCACCAUGAACAAUGAUACCAAGGAACGCCAGGAAUUCAUUGAUGCUUAUAAUAAGGAAUUGUCUCAAAUUAGGAAAACUGGCACAUGGGAUGAAAAUAAUAUGUUUGAUGUAAAGAGCGUACUAUACUCUUCCAUUAUUAACAUGAUGUUUAUUUUUACAACAAAAAGACACGGUACGAAAAAAUGCAAAUGUGUAUCUAGAGGUGACCAACAGAAACCGGGAACAUACGACCAAGAUGCAACAGCAAAUACUGUUCACCAUUAA